GUGGACUCCUCACUGCUGGCUCUACAAGAACGAGCAGAGAUGAGUGGCAGAAUCCCACCACCACCUCCCACUGUCACUGUUGAUCCUCUCGGUACACCAAAUAUCCCUAUCCGAAGGGUUGCUGAGGCUCGUAGUCCUAUUAUAGUUGGUGCAGGCCCCUCAGGCCUAGCAGUGGCUGCCUCCCUCCACCGCUUGUCGGUGCCCUCCAUCAUCCUCGAGAGGUCGGACGGCAUCGCUGACCUUUGGCGCCACCGGGCCUAUGGCCGCCUCUUUCUCCACCUCCCCAAGGCCUUCUGCCAGCUUCCACACCUUGCAUUCCCUGCCCAUUUCCCCACUUAUCCCUCCAAGGCUGACUUCGUUCAAUAUCUGCACUCCUAUGCCCACCACUUCUCCCUCCACCCCAUCUUUGGUUGCACCGUCGUCGCUGCCCACUUCGACCCCGCCGUGUCCCUCUGGCGAGUUACCACGCCAGAAGAGUUGUUGGAGGUGGUGGAGUAUGUUUCGCCAUGGCUGGUGGUGGCAACAGGGGAGAAUGCGGAGCCUGUGGUGCCGAAGUUGAAAGGAAGAGAGGAGUUCAAGGGGAGUAUGCUGCACUCUAGUGAAUAUAAGAGUGGCAAGGAGUACAAGGGAAAGAGAGUGUUAGUUGUGGGAUGUGGGAAUUCUGGGAUGGAUUUGUGCUUGGAUUUGUGCGAGCAUGGUGCAAUGCCCUUCAUGUCAGUGAGGAGUGCUGUUCAUGUGCUGCCAAGGGAGAUGUUUGGGACCUCUACAUUUGGGCUGGCAAUGAAGCUGCUGAAAUGGUUGCCACUGAGAAUGGUUGAUAGGUUUUUGUUAACGGUGGCCAGGAUGGUGAUUGGAAACACGGAGAAAUAUGGACUAAAAAGGCCUGAGCUCGGACCUUUAGAGCUCAAGAAUAUAACUGGCAAGACCCCUGUCUUGGAUGUGGGAGCCCUCACCUUGAUCAGAAAUGGAAGGAUCCAGAUAGUACUAGAAGUGGAGUCCCUAACAAGCAACGGAGCGAAGUUUGUAGAUGGAAGAGAGAUGGGAUAUGACUCUGUGGUCUUUGCAACUGGCUAUAGGAGCAAUGUCACCACCUGGCUCCAA